AUGAGUGCUGAAAUCAACUUUACCACCUUCCGCAAUGUUAUCAACGGCAAGUUGACAUCAACGGAGAAAUCCCGUCACGGUAUCAAUCCUGCCACGGGGUCACCAAACCCAGAAGUCCCAGUCUCCACGCCAGCAGACGUUGAUGCUGCCGUUGACGCCGCUCAGGUCUCUUUCAAGUCAUGGUCGAAGACUCCUGUAGAGCAACGCGAGAAGGCAUUGCUUGGCUUUGCAGACGCACUAGAGCAAUAUAAGGAGACAUUCAGCAAGCUUCUCGUACAAGAGCAGGGAAAGCCUCUGUUUCUCGCCAUCGGUGAGAUCAGUUCUGGCGUAGAGUUGCUUCGAACCAGCGUCAAAGCCAAACUUGAACAAGAGGUUGUUGAAGAUACGGAAGAACGACAGGUGAUUGUCCGCUAUACGCCACUCGGCGUCGCUGUGGGCAUCGUGCCAUGGAACUUCCCGUUUAUCCUCACACUCAUGAAAUUAGCCCCGGCCGUCUUAACCGGAAAUGCCAUCAUCAUAAAGCCUUCACCAUUUACCCCUUACUGCGGCUUGAAGAUUGUUGAAAUCGCGCAGCAGUUCUUCCCACCUGGCGUUGUCCAAGCGCUUAGCGGCGAUGACAGCCUAGGUCCUUGGUUGACGGCACACCCUGGGCCUGCUAAGAUCAGUUUUACGGGAUCAUCCAUCACUGGAAAGAAGGUUAUGGAGAGCGCAAGCAAGACCUUGAAAAGAGUAACCCUCGAGCUUGGCGGAAAUGACCCUGCUAUAAUCUGUCCCGAUGUUGAUGUCGACAUCGUUGCACCUCAAAUUGCCAUGAGAGCUUUUGCAAAUUCAGGACAAAUCUGUAUCGCCAUUAAGCGUAUCUAUGUUCAUGAAUCCAUCUAUGAGAAAUUCCGAGAGGCAAUUAUUCGCGCCACUGCAGCCUUUAAAAUGGGCGAAGGCAAUGAGCCUGGUGUCUUCCUCGGCCCCUUGCAGAAUUCCAUGCAAUUCGAAAAGGUGAAGACAUUCUUCGCCGAAAUCGAAAAACAGAACUGGAACGUGGCAGUUGGUGGGAAGAGCGACCUGGGAAAGCCCGGAUACUUCAUCGAACCCACGAUCAUUGAUAGGCCUCCCGAAGAUUCCAAGAUCGUCGUGGAGGAACCGUUUGGACCCAUUGUUCCCAUGUUAACCUGGAAUAACGAAGCUUCCGUUAUUGAAGCUGCAAAUAACACUAAGUGGGGUCUUGGAGCAUCAGUAUGGUCGAAUGAUCUCGAGCAAGCACGUCGAAUCGGCGACCAGAUCGAGUCCGGCACCGUCUGGAUAAAUACUCAUCAGGACUCGUGUUUUCUGGCGCCAUUCGGCGGACACAAGGAGAGUGGCAUUGGCUUUGAGGGUGGUGUUGGUGGAUUGAAGAGCUAUUGCAAUGCACAGACAAUCAUUGUCAAGAAGAAGUUGUAG